CGCUGCCUAACGCCUGUCACUUGAUGCGCAAUCUCCCUCAAGGCGGACUGCAGAUUCUAGCGCCUUGUGGCGGUGCACGGAAUGUUUCAUGGUUCCCCAGACUGAGAGGCUGACGAGGCUUCACUUGGCAAGGCUGAGUGGGUAGUGGAAGUUUGCAGCCUCGCACCUCCAAGGCUUCCCCCACCUCUCAAUCAGGUCCAAGGCCAUGAAUAUUCCACUCUUGCAUUGUCCUUACUUACGCUUGAAUUCCACGUCUACCUCGGUAGUUCACCACAAAGCCCCGCUGGAAUUGUUCCGCAACUGUCGUUCUCAAUAUUCUGUUGGCGUCAUCGGUUUUGCUGCGGCGAGCUGUCGGUGAGCGGCUCCCACGCAAUCUUCCACGCAAGUGUCGACUGCGCCAUCGACAUACCCCACAAUGACGGAUUCUUCGAUAAGAAUCUCCGUCCUCUUUGUCUGCCUUGGGAACAUUUGUCGAUCGCCCAUGGCUGAAGGCGUCUUUCGGUCGCUCGCGAAAUCCCAUCCGCGCAUCGGCGACAUCGACUCGGCUGGCACUGGAGCCUAUCAUACUCUCGAUCCCCCCGAUGAUAGGACCCUUGAUACCCUUCGGAGGCAUGGCAUUACAGAUUACGAUCAUGGCGCCCGUCAGGUGCGCUCGAAGGACUUCCACGAGUUUGAUUACAUUUUUGCAAUGGACGCCUACAACUUCAACGAUUUGCAGCGACUACAGCGAAGACUUGAGAGCAGAGGACAGAAGACAAAGGCCAAGGUCAUGAUGUUUGGCGAUUUCGGGGGAAGAACCAAGGGCGAGGAGGUAAUUGAUCCUUACUAUGGGGCCGACCGCGGAUUCGAAGCAGUCUACGAGCAGGUGACUCGGUUCUCAAAGACCUUCCUGGAAGAAGUUGUCUCCGCUGGUGCCUGAACAUGGUCUCAAGCGCAGUAGUUCGCCCAAGGAUGCCCCCAUUUUGGCAAAUGGAUCGACUGGACCCCGUCUCCGGAAAAUGUGCUACAAUAUCUGCAUUAAAAGAAUUGAUCCACGGCGAUGAUCGGAUCUCUAGGUUGCGGGCUUUCCAGCGACUUGCGAUGGAGAGCCUUUCACCACCCACCUUAUUCUUCGUCGAAUCCGGUCAAUAUGAACAAUGCAGAUUUGCCUCCCGAUGAUGUCUCAAAAGGCGAAUGUGGCAGAGAGGUCGAUCGAUAUUCAAGUCCUUCAUGACUCCCAUUGAUGCGUUCCUGGCUGAACCCGAGCACAGAGACACAUUCCCAAGUUCAUUCGACGGUGCAAUACCGUUGAUCCUCGUGGAAACAGUUCAUCUCAUCCGGCUCGACCCUGAAUUUCCAAAUGCGCUCCUUUUCGCCAAAGCCGGCCUCUAUGCAUGCUCCCAAGACAGCUCCGGCAAAUCACUUCGUUCAAUUUUGUCAAUUGGAGCUGCAGAUGAAAUGUUCUCACUUAAGGUCCUUUUUCAUUGCCUGAUCCGCGAGACGCUAUUAGAACUGAUCCAGCAUCUGAAGUCUCGACUACAGCAAAGGUCGACUUCAUGGAUCUGUAUGCUCGCUUCUUCGAAGAUGGCGUGGCUCCUGGAACAUGAAAAUGCGAAGCAGACCUAGUAGAUACCCAGAAAACGCUAUCGCUUUUUCAACCCUUGGUGAUCCGCUGGACUUCGAUCUUCACGACGCUAGAAGAGGGAGCCCAGGACAUUCCAUCAGGAGCCACGAGCGGUAAUGUGGCGGCAGCUUUAUUCCAGGCUGUCUUGGUUCCAGUCCUGUUUCACCAAUAGCUCUUCCUCCCGACCACUUCAAAGCAAAGCGACCUUUAACGCACCAUUUAGAUCUUGCGAAGGAGAGCUUAUGGCCGGGAGAAUGUGAUCUAGCUCGGAAAGAAGCCCUUGGGGAAAGACGGUCAAGAAGAUGUCUAGCAAGAUGUGUCUUCAUAUCUCUGAUUGACACUGCCGUACGGGGUUGGCAGACAUUGUCGUAGUCGGCGUUAUUCUUUGGGAGCUUACUGUUGAGCGGGAGUCCGCUGGCCAUUUCCCGGGCAUGACUAGACACAUCUCAUGAGCCAACGCUGCUAGUUGUGCCAGCUCCAGGUCAACUGCUCAAGAGAAGGUUCGUGUUGCCCUUAGUAAGUUUUGC